AUGGCGGCAGUCGAGAAACCCGCCGACUCCGUCGAGGCGGCGUCCAGCCAAGCCCUCGUGCCCGAGUCCGAUCGCAUGACAGCCGCUGCUGCCGAUUCCACAGCACCUGCAAUCGAGACCUCCCCAUCACAAACAGCACACACUGCCGUCGCAGCAGUAACCGACGCCGAGACAGCCGAUGCCGCCGCAGCCGCCGUCGCUGCAGCUGCAUCUGCCGCCGCCGCCGCCGCUGCCGCGCGGUCAGCAACAAAGCGACUGCGAUCGCCGUCGUCUGCCGCCGUCGAUGACAUACCCCAGGACGACGCCAAUCGGCAUCAGAACCACGACCACAGCCUGCUCGAAGACCCCCAACUUUCACCACGCAAACUGGCGCGUCUUGCCAGCGGCUCGCGCUUCGACGACCACGGCGCAGCAGUCGAUGGCGUUGAAGCCGUCGAUGGCGUAGAUCCCCAACCCGGCACUGCCGGCACUGCUGGCACUGCCGACCACAUCGCCAACCACAAUGCCGCACAGACAGCGCUCUCUGUGCUGCGCGGUGCCCAAGCCCUCAUGACCCAGCGCGUGCGCGAGGCCGCCGAAGCCGCGGCAGCUGCGACACGAAGCGCGGCACAUACGGGCGCGGACACGGGCGCGGCGGCAGCGGCGGCCGCCGAGAUGGAUGGGAACGACACAGACGAGACGACAGCCCAGCAGUCAACACCACCGCACGACCCGCAACAAGCGCCCGGCGCCGGUGAUGCUGCAGCUGCUACUGCCCUGGCCGAGGCGGCUGCCAACCAGCUUGCCGCCUCAAAAGCUGCCAGCGUUGCAGUAGCGGCGGCCGCUGCCGCCGCCGCUGCAGCUACCGCUUCGUCUGGAGCGCCGCCAGCCAACACGGUCCCAGCGACGGACCACAUGGAACUUGAUCCGGCGAUUGCACGGGAAGAAGAGCAGCAUCAGCAACGACUUCAACAGCUGCAGCAAGGUCCAACUUCACCACGAUUCUACCCCGGCCCCACUGCUGCGUCCACUGCUGCCCAACCGACACCGGCCUCGGCCACCGCACCGGCUCCGUCGAACCUCAUCAUUCCCGAGCUGGCCCCCAAGUCGCCCACCUCCAAGCGCCACAAGUGCCCCUACUGUGACACCGAGUUCACCCGCCAUCAUAACUUGAAGAGCCACCUGCUCACCCACAGCCAGGAGAAGCCCUACGUCUGCCAGGGCUGCGACAUGCGCUUCCGCCGCCUCCACGAUCUCAAGCGCCACUCCAAGCUGCACACGGGCGAAAAGCCCCACAUCUGCCCUCGCUGCGACCGCAAGUUUGCCCGCGGCGACGCCCUGGCCCGCCACAGCAAAGGCGCUGGCGGUUGUGCGGGCCGCCGCUCGAGCUCCAACACCUUUGGUGCCUUGGGUGGCGCCGACGACAGCUUUGAGGGCAACGCGAGCCUCAUGGACACGACGGCCGGGGGCGACGACUCGGUCAUGUCUGGUAUCGAGUACGACAGCAGCACGGCAGCUGGUGCUGCCGCUGGCGAGGAAGAGCGCCGCCGCCUGAGCUUGCCGGGCAUCAAGACAGACCAUGCGCGCGGCACGCCCGGCGGCCCAGACUCCUUUGGCGGCGGCGCCCAACAGCACGCGCGCACCUACCCGCCCGUGUCCCAACAGCCGCACCAGCCGCACCAGCAGCACCAGCAGCCGAGGUCGUCGGGCAGCCUCUACCCGCCCAGCGUCGACCGCACCGGUACCGCCAGCUCCGCCACGGCCACCACCGUGUCCGGUAGCGCCCACACGCCCAACACCAGCAUCUCCUCGUCGUCCAUGGUGCUGCCCCUCAGCGCGGGCAGCAACGCCGCACAUGCGGCCGGCCUCUUCUCACAGCACGGCAUCGCGGAGAGCCCGAAGCCGCUGAGCCCCGCCGUCGGCAAUCACGUCCUGCUGCGGCCCGCCUCCAACAGCAACGGCUCGCCCGCCCACAAUGCCAACUUUUUCUCGUCCGAGCAGGGCAUGUGGGCGUAUGUCCAGACGCUCGAGGACAAGCUCAAGGCGCAGGACGAGCGGAUGCGCCGCCAGGAUGAAAAGGUGGCCCGGCUCGAGUCGGACAACCGGGCCUACGAGGCACAAGUUGCCGCGCUCAAACGGGCGCUGGCCGGGGCCCCCGCGGCAGCACCCGUUGAAGCGCCCGCCGCGGAAGCGCCCGUAUCUGAUGCACCAGUGUCCGUGGAAACGGUCGCUGCUGCUGCGGCGGCCAUUGCUGCCGCCGGGGCCAAGGCGCUGUCGCCCGCCGUGGCGCCCGAGACGGAAGUGUCUCGGGCUGCACACGAGCAGCCUCCAGAGCAGCCUCAAGAGCAGCCUCAAGAGCAGCCACAGGAGCAGCCACAGGAGCAGCCACAGGAGCAGCCACAGGAGCAGCCACAGGAGCAGCACCCUCUGGUGGAGCACAUCGAGCAACAGUUGGAGCAGCGCGUGGGCCAAGAGCUUGAGGCUGCGAGUGCGCAGUGA